GUGGAUGUUCGGAACUAAGAGGAGUCUAAUAGCUAAAAUCUCUGUAUUGACCAUCAUCAUCCAUGAUGAACCUGAUGAGAGAUUCAGAGACAGACUGAAGCUGGACAAGAAGACUGGAUCUCUGACCAUCACAAACAUCAGACCUGAACAUGCUGGAGAUUAUGAAGUUGAGAUCAGCCGUAAGAGCUCAUCGUAUAAAUGCAGAUUCAAUGUUACUGUCUAUGAUAUUAGAUGUGAAGUUCCACGUGACCAGCAUGUGUAUAGCCCACGCACUUACUUCAGGGGAGAUGUGAAAUUGGGAGUAAAAAAAGUUUACUAUUGCUUGGAGGGGUAUGAAUAUAAGAGUGCAGUGGCCACAUGCACACGAGACGGAUGGACUCCAAAACCACUGUGUGCUGGGAAAAUGUGUGCAGCACCAAUAAUCCCAAAUGCAGAGAUUGUGGGACAUCACAGGCCAAACUACAACAUUAAUUCAAGGAUACGAUAUAAAUGUCGUCCUGGGUUUGAACCAGAGCGGCCUGUAGAAAUCAUCUGUGACUCCCAGACUGAAUGGAGAGGCAUACGGCAAUGCACUGCUGCUACAAAUUUUCCUGUCACCAGCAGAGACUCAUCUUUCUCAUCAUCAUCAUCAUCAUCAUCAGGAUUGUCAAAAUGUGAACAUGUUAACAUCACUGACCUCUGUCAGACAUGUGCAGAAUUACAUGGCCAUUGUUGUGAUUCUGCUGAAGCUGUGCUCCGAUUGGUCGUCACUGCUCUGAUGGGCGUGGCUGCUGCGGCUGCUGCUGUUCUUCUGGUCAAUGACGUCAGAUCUACGAGAGGAGUGUUUGCUGAUGAACUGAAGUCAGUGUCAGUGAUGGAGGGAGAUUCAGUCACUCUACAGACUGAUCUUACUGAAAUACAGACAGGUGAUGAGAUAACAUGGACAUUUGGAACUAACAGGAAUCUUUUAGCUGAAACUGAUGGAGUGACCAUUAAUAUUUUUGAUCAUCUUGAUGAGAGAUUCAGAGACAGACUGAAGCUGGACAAGAAGACUGGAUCUCUGACCAUCACAAACAUCACAACUGAACAUACUGGAGAUUAUGAAGUUGAGAUCAGCCUCAGGAGCUUAUCACCUAAAUACAGAUUCAAUGUUACUGUCUAUGCUCGUCUGCCUGUUCCUGUCAUCAGCAGUAACUCUUCACAAUGUUCUUCAUCAUCAUCAUCAUCAUGUUCAUUGGUGUGUUCAGCUGUGAAUGUGAGUCAUGUGACUCUCUCCUGGUACAAAGGAAACAGUUUAUUGUCCAGCAUCAGUGUGUCUGAUCUCAGCAUCAGUCUCUCUCUACCUCUGGAGGUGGAAUAUCAGGAUAAAAACACCUACAGCUGUGUGCUGAACAAUCCCAUCAGCAACCAGACUCAACAUCUGGACAUCACUCACCUCUGUCACACAUGUGCAGGUACAGCAGUGAUGAUAUUAUUUACAUUCAUUCACUGAAUUAAUUUGUUGAUUUUAA